AUGUGUAUCGCGGCAAGAGAAGCACUGAAGAUGGCAGACGGCAGUUUGCCAAGCGAAAUAAAACCGCGUAACUGCGAGUUCGCGUGGCAUUUUGCCUAUACAUGUAUUUUAAACGAAGACAUCCGGCGAAAAGCUAGGAAUUGGUCUUGGGAUCACAUAAGGGAGCAUCGCCAGUUACUGAAAGAGUACCGAAAUAUGUGGAUUAGUAAGCUUACCGUGAGAAAGCUGUCGAGCGAAGUGCUAAAGCGGAUCGAGGACGCCGAAAACUACCUAGACGUUUUCAAUUUAAACAUUGCGCGGCAACAGGCGGAAAUCGAAGUGGAUCGCCGCGGACUUAAACGUCUUUCUGAGCAAAGUGGUUGGAUGUCGUGGGUGUCCAGCUGGUGGUCGAGCGACAAUGGUCAGCAGCAAAAAAACGGAAAAGACGUUGCUGCCCAGUUUCGUAGUGCAAUGACCAGUGAAGAGAAGAGCAAAUUAUUCGACGCCAUCGGCUACCAGGAAAACCAGAGCCCAACUCUCUACCCGAAAGAGUUUGUCGAAAACAGUGCAUCGUUUACGCUGGACACUUUCAAAGUGAUGGUCCGGGACGAUACGCUCAACGACGCCGUGGUUGUGAGCAUGGUGAUGAGCGCUGUCUGCGCCGAUGUUCAGCAGAGGCCUUCGGCGGAUGCGAUCAGAUUCUCGUUGAAGGUAUCCACCUUCCACGUGUCGGGUCUACCCAACAAGCUUAACAAAGUACCAUCGAUUCUAAGGCAAACGGCGAUUGUUGCUACCGACGCCGCUGCAUCGGCCCGAGAGGAGGCGCAACCACAGUUGCUUCUCUUGUUCGAAACACAUCCGUUGGAUAACUCAUGCGAUCAGCACGUCCAGUUGAAAACUCAGCCUCUGGACAUCGUCUACGACGCAUCGACUGUCAAUAAGCUGUUGAGCGUCUUGAAACCUCCGGAAUCGGUUCGACUUAAACAGCUGACAGAUGCUGCAAUGGCAAAAUACGAAGAUAUUAAAGCAAGAUCAGCUGCCGGCUUAGAGUAUGCGCUACAACGUCGUACUAGGCUGAAGGUCAGCAUAAAUGUUUCGCCGACGUGUCUUCGCAUCCCAGAAUUCGGUGAUUUAGCAAUAUCUCAGAAGAUGCUAAUAGUCGACUUUGGGUCGUUGAUCGUACACUCGAUGGAAGCGAAAUCAGUGGUACUAGAUACCGCUUUUUACAAGAAGAGCGAAGAAGAAAAGUUAUCUGAGUUGAUGAAAUCAGUAUACGACGAAUUCCGAAUCGAGUUCAAGAGUCUGGCAGUGAUGUUCACUGAUGCAGUACAGCAUCGAGGAGAUGAAGUGGACAUCAUGUCAAAGGUGGAUAUCUUGCGACCAACCGGCUUCGAGGUUGUCAUACAGAAAGCAGCAGUUGUCGACCUGCGGUUUCCGAGGUAACU